UAGUUUUAUUGUAGGUUAAUGUGCCCUAGUUCUACAUUAACCAUUUUAAUUUACAAAUUAGUAAAAAUCUCAAGGAACGGUAUUAUUUUUCAACAAAUAGCCAAUAAAUCAUUGAAAUCAGACGGGUUAACUGAUUAUAGUAUCAGAAUUACUUCACCGGUGAUCAGUCAUGGAGAAAAAACGACCGAUAAUUACUCCGGCGGAUGACAUCAGCCGGUUACCGGACGACAUUCUCGCGUUAAUUUUAUCGCAACUAUCAAUCAAAGAGGCGGCACUGACCAGCACUCUUUCAAAAAGAUGGGAACCUAUUUGGAAAUUAAUUAGCAUCUUAAACUUUGAUGAACACUCUAAUAAUGGAGUUAGGCAUGAUUUUAUUAGUAAAUUAUUAGAUAUGCAUUGUGGACAUAUAUAUUCUUUUAGACUUCAAUAUCAUCAUUAUUAUAGAUUUAAUCAUUACAUUGAUAAAUGGCUUGAGAUAGUAUUUAGGAAGAGAAUUCAAGUAAUUGAGUUAGAUUUUCAUACUAUGGUUCCUCAAGUUUAUAGUUUCCCUCGUUAUAGCGAUUAUAAAUGCUUAACCGUCCUUCGUUUACGACAUCUGAAAGUAACUACAGAUGAUGUGGAUCAUAUUAUUGCUGCUAGUCCUUUACUUGAGGUGCUGUCUAUUAGGAAUGCUAGUGAGCUACUUAGUUUUAGAAUUGCUGGUCCGUCGAUCAAAUUGAAGGCGUUGGAGCUUUAUUAUUGCUUUUAUUUGCAGAGUGUUGAGAUUUCGGAUUGUAGCCAUUUGGUUUCUUUUAAAUAUCAAGGACCGAGAGUCAUUAAGUGUUUAAAUAAUGUUCCUUUGCUUAGUCGAUUAGAUUUGGAAGCUUAUAGAGGGUCUCUUUGCUAUGCUCUUAGCGCGUUUAUAAUCUUUUUCCCUCGGCUGAAGGAUCUCACAUUGAGAGAGGCCCAGAAGAGUGUAGAGAUAUUGGAGACAUCUCCGUAUAUACCUUUUGUGCUUACUAAUCUCAGGCGGCUAGUGUUAGAAGUUGGUGUACUAAGAGAUCUUUGUCUUCUUAAGUACACUAGUUUGAUCAAGAAAUCUCCUUUUCUACGUGAAUUCGUCCUUCGGUUAUUUUAUGAACAUGAACCGGUUGAUAGGAAAUGCACGAAGGCUGCUAAUAGUCCACAUGAGCAUCUGAAGAGAGUAGAAAUUGUUGGAUAUUGUGGGUGUGCAAUCGAACAUGAACUUGCAAGAUAUCUUGUUGAGAAUGCUGUUAAGCUUGAGAAAAUUAUUAUCAGUCCUUGUUCUGAAAGGAAAGUGGAAGCCACAAUCAAAGCCAAGAAGCUUGAGAAAAGAUUAUCUCAGGGAGCUGAGCUGGUAAUUCAUUAGGAUUUCUUGGAUUAAUUCGAUUUGCCAUCAUUCACCAAUACAUUAUUUUUGUUUUUAGAUAGAUGUGUGUAAUUUUGGUAAGCUAUUUUUUUUUGGAAGUUUGAAUUCCUAUUUAGACCAUCUCGCUACAAGGUAGCAUUCUAUAAUUUACGAUAACUAUUAACUACAGACUACAAUUAACUUGUCGUCUUGUAAUUGCAUCGCUUUAACGAUACACGUCAUUUUGACGGAAUGAUGUUUGCAUUUGACGUGCAAUCCAAAGCUUUCUCUGUUCUUUGUA